AUUGACGAGCUUUUAGUUUGAUAUUGUGUAAUUCAAAUAUUAUUCAAACAAUCAUUGAAUAAAUUCUAUGGAAAAUUUUAAGUAUGUAUCAGUAUUUUGGAAAAGUUUAUGCGGAGGAAUUAAGUCGUCCCGACAACGUGGCCUUCUAUGUGCACUGCAAGGAUCCGGUGAAUGACGAGCUGCCGGAGUGCCUGCUCCGAAAACGCAGCCAACCCACCCGCCUGCAACUGGAGCUGAAGCAGCAGUUGGCUGCGGAGCGUCGCUCCUUUCUGGAGGAGCAGAAGAGCUAUCACCUGUCGAUGCACUUGGCCAAGGUGGCGCUGGUCGUUGAUAGACACCAUCGUCACACCGCAAGCUCCCUGCAGGCCUUCGAGCACCGCAUCAGCCGCGACAUGAACGAGCAUGUGCGGAGGCGCACGGAGGUACUCGACGCCCGCCUAAAGAGGCUGAGCCAGCAUAUCAGUGCCGUGGGUGAGCGCUGCGAUCUGGUCAGGCAUGAGAAGUUCCUCAAGAAUCUGACAGAUAUCUACAUAGCGAGCAGCUCAGUGAAACUUUCGAAAUAAACACAGAACUAAAGAAGCUUUUUCUGUGCUCUGGCUCUGGUGCACGCCUUCAAAGUUAUCAAUUGUCCACGCAAAACUUUGCCCGCAGUUGGAGUCUCUGUGUCUGUCUUCGUUCGACAGUGUUCGACAUAGUUGCGGAAAAUCGCUUGUCAACUAUCCAACAAUUCAGGACUUGGUUUUCUUAUACCCUCAGUUAGUACAGUCCAGAAGUUAGCCCUGCACCCAAUGAAUAACUAUUAAGUGUUUUAUUUCCCAUCAGCGUAAUAGAUAGGUCGAGCGAUAAGCUGAUUAAAAUAUAUCUACAGCCUAUAGUUUUUGUGCAGAUAAUA